UCUCUAAGGAACAGGGGGAGGUGAAGAAAUAAGAGGGGAAAAGAGAUUUGAUUUGGCUCGGUUGAGUAUUCCGAGCCGCAAUUGUUUUCCGACCGAUACCGAUGUGAUAUAAACGCAUACGCAUACGUACCAGCCCUACGCUGCUGCUUAUGUUUCAGUGCUUAUGUCCUUUUAUAUAAGAUGAUUUGCUCCAGGGUCGUUUUUUUUCACCAGGGUCCCUUUUCGCCGAUCAGCUCUCGAAUAUAUAGUUCCCAUCUAACGUUGUAUCCAUCUAGGCCUAGGGGCACAUAUUCUCUCUUAACCGUAAGAGGAUGACAAGAGAUGAGAAAAAGAUGCCGCGAGACGAGCUUCCAGACGCUUCAGAUCUCGUCAUCGCCGCUCAUGACGAUAGCCGUGGGUCUUCAACCGCCGCUGAUAUGCCGCCGGCUGAUGUCUUAGAUAUCAUGCACCAGUCCGACAGCACGAUUAACAGCGAACAGCGCGAGUACGACGAUUUCGCAGGAGAAGAUGGCCGGUAUGAAGCACCUCACCAGAGCGCCGGAUUCUGGGAUCCGCGGAUGGCGACGAUUCGGAAGGAGGUCAUAACCGUGUGGGCUCGGACGCUCAUACUCCUCACAACGUUCAUCAUAGCCGUACUAUCGCUAUACUGGGCAGUCCUAUUCCACGUCAGCACAAACAUGAAGAACCUGACGGUCCACGUCGUCGACUUCGACGGGCAAGUGGCGCCGUACACCAACGUGACGCCGGUCGUCGGGCCGGCCGUGAGGCAGGCCGUGCAGCAGAUGAUCGACAACUCGGCGACGCAGCACACGCUCGGGUGGACGAUCGCGUCCCCCGAACCGUACGACGGCGACCCGAUCGCCGUGCGCCAGGCCGUGUACGAUUGGCAAUUCUGGGCGGCCGUCGUCGUCAACCCGAACGCGACGGCGCUCCUGCGCCAGGCCGUCGAGACCGGCAACGCGUCGUACGACCCCACCGGCGCCGUCCAGUUCAUCAUCAUGUCCGCUCGCCAGGAGACCAACUUCUUCAACUACGUCAUUCCGCAGCUGCAGAACCUCGAGACUAUUUUCACGGCUAGCUUCGGGCCGAGCUGGAGCCAGUCUGUCGUGGCGAACGAGUCCUUGGCCAGGGACGUCGUCGCGAGGGCCCCUGCCGCGGUGAAUCCGGGGGUCACGCCGUUGACGAUUGAUUUGAGGCCUUUUGGGCCGUCGACGGCGACGCCGUCCGUUUCAAUUGGGCUGAUUUACCUUAUUAUCGUGGCGUUCUUCUCGUAUGGGUUUUUCUUGCCUAUUCAUAUGAGAUUCGUCAUGCCGGGUAACCACCCGCCACUGCGCUUUUGGCAGCUAAUAGUCUGGCGAUUGGCCGCGACAAUAACGACGUACUUCUUCGUCUCGCUCGCAUACUCGCUAGUUUCGCUGGCAUUCCAGAUUCCGUUCUCGAAUCCGUCUGCCCCUGCUACCGAUGUCGCAUUUAACCCGUCCGCGUACGGACGCGCUUCCUUCGUUGUGUAUUGGAUGGUGAAUUUCGUUGGUAUGAACGCGCUGGGAAUAGCAUGCGAGAAUAUGGCCAUGAUCAUCGGACAACCGUGGACGGCCGCUUGGCUUAUCUUUUGGGUCAUAACCAACGUGUCGACGGCCUUCUACUCGACGGACCUGGCGCCGGGGUUCUUCAAGUGGGGGUACGCGUGGCCGCUGCACCACAUCGUGCAAGCGAGCCGGCAGAUCCUGUUCGACCUGCACUCGGAGAUCGGGCUCAACUUCGGCGUGCUGUUCGCCUGGGCGGCGCUGAACGUCACGCUGUUCCCGCUCGUCUGCUACGUCACGCGGUGGCGGACCGAGCGCGAGAGGAGGGCCGCCGAGAGGGAGGCCGAGAGCUAUAGCGUCUUCGAUGCCGCGGCGGAGGGCCAGAAGAAGGAUGUUCCUAAGGAGAAGGGCGUGUUGCCGCCGGUUAGGAAGAGGGGGUUUAUGAGGGGUGCUUGAGCGAGCUAUGAUGAUGGCUUGUUAAGAUGCGGAUUCAAAGGUUAAGGAUGGGGUGGUGACGAUAUUUCUGCGCGAGGAGCUCUGGAAUCGCGGUAUACGCGCGAAUUGGGAACUGCUUUCAAAAAGAUGCUCCUCCCAAGAGAUCGAACCUCUCAUGGUCCGAACCCCGAUCCGACCACGAUUCUGGCCGGCUAGGUGUCAACCGUGCGCGAGGGAGGCGAC